UUCAAUUUAAAAUGUUUCUUUAUAUUCUAUAUUUAAAAAAAGUCUAAAAGAUAAAUCCAAAAUGCCAGGUUCAAAUUGUUGUCUACCAGGAUGUACAGUUUCAAGAUCUAUUAAGCACAAAGAUAUCACCUUAUUCAGAAUUCCUAUGAGGACAGGAGACUUUUAUAAAAAAUGGAGACAGAGAUUGUUAGCUAUUAUCACUCAGUAUAGAGACUUUGACAAAGAUUUGAAAGAAAGACUCUCAAAGGGCAAUAUUUAUAUAUGUGAGAAUCAUUUUUUAGCAGAAGAUAUUGAAUUGACAAAAACUGGAAGGAAAUCAUUACGCUUAGAGGCUUUACCAACUGUUAACCUACCCAUAAAAUCACAUGAAAAAGAAAAAAAGGUACCUAGAAGACACAUAAGUAUUGUAAAAGAUAUUGUCCCACAGAAGCGAAUAAAUUAUUCAAACUUAAUUGAUUUACAGAAAAAAACCCAAAAGUUAAAACUUAGUGGAUGGGAGAUGACAUGUAAUGAAAACAAUAUCAAAUUUAAAAAGUUAUUGCCUUUGUAUUUGUUACCUAAGUAUGAAGUUGUAGUAGAUGACAGUUUAGCGUUCACCAUUAUUGUAUUUGGGUGGCUCUUGCCAGAUACUCACUUAAUCUAUAAAUUAUACUCACGAUCAAUGCUGAACACUACAGUUACCGAACUUUUAUGCAAAAUAUGUACAUUAAGAUUUUGUUCUGGUAUUAUAGAAAACAUCAGAAAUAUAAAUAAUGAUGAUUUUGUUGAUCAUAUUGUUCCAAUGGAAUUUGAUUUAGAAAGUGCAAGUACAGAUGGUAUGCGUGUAUCAAAUGAAAGGUUUAAAAGAGCAAAAUCAUGUAUUAUAUUACAUACUAGUGAGUCUGAUAAUAUAAAUUCUGUUUGUUCAUUUUGUACCCACACACUAAAAAAGAACAAAAUGAUUAAAAUAAAAAAACAACAUCAGUUAGCCACACCUGCUCUUCGAAAAGCUCCACUUAGUAAAACAAAUCCUGUUCGCGUUCUAUUAGCAUUAAAACAAGAACGUCUAAGAUGUGCCCAGCUAACAAGUGAUUUAGAAAAAAUAAAUUUUUAA